CAAAUGAGCAUUACUUCACAAUUUUCUCACUCUCUUCUUCUUCUUCUUCUUCUUCUCUCUACUUAGUCUCUUAAACAUGUCUUCAUUUGACAAAUCUAAAGUGAUUAGCAUUUCCAAAACAGUUCUUAUUUGUGGUUUAAUCCUUUACAUAACCUUUAUUAUCUUUUUUAGUGACUCUAAUUGUCCAUCUUCUCAACUUUUCUCUUCUUUUAGAUCAAAAUGGGCACCAUUUAAUUCUCAAUCAAAUGUUGCACAAACCAACAUUGCCACAAAUAUUAACCACCUUGUUUUUGGACUUUUAGGGUCAGAAAAAGCAUGGCAUCAUAGAAAAUCCUAUAUUGAAUCUUGGUGGAGACCAAAUAUUACAAAAGGAUAUCUUUUACUAGAUUUUCCUCCUAAAGAUGAACUUUUACCUUGGUCAAUAAAUUCACCACCUUAUAAAAUAUCAGAUAAUGUUGUAAAACUUGUUGAGGAAACAAAACAUGUUGAUCCAACAGUUUUAAGAUUAGUCCAUGGGAUUAUGGAGGUGUUUAGAGAAGAACAUGAAGGUUUAAGAUGGUUAGUUAUGGGGGACGACGAUUCUGUAUUUUUCGUGGAUAAUAUGGUUGAUAUUCUCGCGCAAUAUGAUCAUACGAAGUAUUAUUAUUUUGGUGGGCACUCGGAGUUUAUAUUGUCGAAUUAUUGGUACUCAUUUAAUCAAGGUUUUGGUGGUGCUGGAUUUAUAUUGAGUUAUCCUUUGGCUAAAGCAUUAGCAAAAGAUAUGAUUAAUUGUCUUAAGAGAUAUAAUUAUUUGAAUGCUGCUGAUAAAACUACAAUGACUUGUAUUGCUGAUAUUGGUGUCAAUCUUUCUCCUCUUCAAGGUAUUCAUCAGAUUGAUUUACGUGGUGAUAUAUCAGGAUUUCUAUCAUCUCAUCCAAAAUCUUUAUUAAUGUCCCUUCACCAUUUUGACAUGAUUGAUCCAAUUUUUCCAUCAAUGGAUCGUUCCCAAUCAAUUUUCCACCUCUUAAAUGCUGCAAAUUAUGAUCAAUCAAGAUUGUUACAACAAACCAUUUGCCACAAAAGAUCAAGUAAUUGGACAUUUUCAGUUUCUUGGGGAUAUUCAGCUCAUAUUUAUGAAAAAAUUAUGCCUAGAAGUUGGAUUCAAAGACCUAUUGAAACAUUUAAAACAUGGCAAAAAAGUCCUAAUCCACCAAAUUAUAUGUUUGAUGUUAGAAAUCCUUCUUUGGAUCCUUGUGAAGCUCCUCAUGUAUUUUUCUUCAAAUCAAUUGAGACAACUCCAAGAAAUGAAAUUCUUACAACAUAUAUUAGAGCACGGCCUCGAGGGAUUGGUGCUUGUUUAUAUGCUGGAAAUUUAUCUGCAGAGUAUAUUUCGGAAAUUCAUGUUUAUUCACCAGCAAUUAAACGCAUUGAGAUUGAUAGAUGUGAAUGUUGUGACAUCAUUCAUGAGGUUGGAUCCAAUAAAGCUGAUGUCAAGUAUAGAGAGUGUAAGACAGAUGAGAUAAUAGCUUGAU